GACUGCUACAAGCGACCCGAGACUUCUUGAACGUCAGCGCAGCUUUUGUUUUUUCUCUGCUCACAGUAAAUGUUUGUGUGUAAAGAACUGUCAACAAGAACCAACCAAUGAAUGCGCGGUCCUGUUAUCUUGAAUUCUGAUUGGACAGAGAGUGGGAUUCAAGAUGGGAGCCUACUCCAGCGAUAUUUUAACGUUUGUUCAACUGGCUAAAAAGGGGGAGAACUCUAGAAAAAUCAGAGGCCUUCUAGAAAUAGCCCCAUUGGAGGAAGUGAUGUCAUGGCGGGACUCCGACGGCCUAGACGUCAUGCAUCACGUCAUCAUCGGCAACAACAGCGAGGUGGUGACGUUUCUACUGCAGCACGGCUACUUUGUCAGGCCGCACCUGCCGGAAGUCACGCCAUAUUGUCACCUGGCCGCGCUGCUAGGGGCGAGAACUGUCCUGCAGAUUUUACUCCAGCACCGACCGGAUGAUUAUCUCCCCUCGAAAAUACCCAUCCGCGUACCGGAAACAGUUUUAAAUAGCAUCAACGCCAAACAAUCAGAAAAACCUAGUCCGAUUAUCACAAUGUUGCAUAUUUACAACAGCAAACCAAACAGCUCCAACUCGUCUGCUUCUUCUUCAUCCUCGUCCUCUUUAACGUCAUUACCUCAUGGUCGUACAAGCUAUCAAAUCCACAGCCUACAAGAUCUCUGCUCCAUCUUGAAAAACAACCACCACGUAGCAACAACCCCUCUGGAACUUGCCUCGCGGGUGGGGAACCUCCCGUGCGUCCGCGCAAUUUUAAACCAAUGCAUCCUGAAGGCGCACGCUGCCGAGAACAUGGUCGACAAGAGCGACUUCACCCUCGCGUGUCUGGCCGACAGCCCGCAAACCCUGGCUCUGCUGCUUCACAGCGAGACGCCCACCCGCGGGGAGUGGGAGUCAGCUGUUGACGUGUGUCUCCACCACGCCUACCCCGAGUGUCUGGAUCUGCUGUUAAGUUUAGGACGAGAAACAAAACACAUGUUUAAGGGCAUGAACUUCUUCCACGUGUUGUUUACCUACACCUCCGUUCAGGGGAUCAGGAGUUACCUGCGCUUGGCGCAGACGACGGAAGUGUUGGUGCGGCACGGACAUGACGUCAGUGCUAAGCUGCCCUGCCGGACGUACCCCAUGUACAGCCUGUUGACCCACGCCUUCUGUUUCCAUGACUACUCCCAUACACAGUAUUACGUCAAAACCCUACGAGUUCUGCUGAAGAACGGCGCCGACCCGAGCUUCGACGAGACGAGAUUUGAGCGACGCCACCCCAAGCAGGCGGCCAAGAAGGUGACGGGGCGCCAGGCAUUCAGCUCCGCCCUGCACUGCCUGCUGCAGACGGUAGAGAGUUAUGCCCAGUACCUGCAGUCCCCGACCCUGGGGGUGAAGUUUGUGGAAGACUGUGCCGGGGUGCUCAUGAACAACCACGCCAACAUGAACCACGUGGGUUACGUGGGAAAUCCCGAUAAGAUCAUCCUCCAAGGGACCGUCCUCCACCAGAUGGCCAAGUCAAGCGUGACGCUGGGCGUGGACCCGGCCAUGGUGCGCUGUGUACUACGUCACGGGGCCAACCCCAACCUGAAGGUAGACGGCAAGUACGCCAUCAACGUGUACUUUGACCAGCUGUUCCAGCGCCUGGGUACGCUGAAGGAGGCCGACCCCAAGAGGCAUCACAUGGACGACGCCCUGACCAUCUGCCGACUGUGUAUGUUCAUGCGACAGGGCUGUAUACGGGACUGUUACGUGAUUUUUAUGAAGGACCACGGCAGAGCCUUGUCGGAACAGGUUCAAAACUAUGUCAAGGUCGUGAAAGCUGAACUUGACCGACGAAGUCGUCAGGUGCAUCCCCUGAGAGACUCCAGCGCAUGGGCGGUGUGGGAGGCGUGUGGGCGUAGGACGGACAGGGUCCAUGGGCUUAGUAUACCCUCGGAGCUGAAGACUUACAUCCUGCCCAUGCACUUCUAGCGGUGCUGCGGUUUGAUAAAUGACUGAGCUGUUGGAUUACGGGGAUAAAAGGAAUACGACUAAGGGAGAUAAAGACAACAGGGGAUAUAAACAAAGGGAGAGAAAUGAGAUAAAAACAGCUGAUUCUGUCAAACUAGGGGAAGUAAUAUGCCAAAAUGGAGACAAUAACUUGUUGAUUGGUAAAUUUCCUGUUUACUCAAGUGUUUGGUAUAAGCUGCACGUGAAAUCUAAGUGAAACUAAAAGUUAUAUCUAAUUAUGUCUCGUAGAGCUAAAUUUAUAACUUGUCAAAAAGAUAAGCUACUUGUAGUCAAGUUUCAGAUACCAAUUUUUUUUUUAAAUUUACAACAGUUUAAAUCUUGGAUGCCCUUUGUAUUUUAUUGUAAUGCAAUUUGAUUCAAUUAGUCGUCAACCCAUCCAAUCGCUGGUCUAACAUACCCUAAAAUUGCGAUUAGAUUAUAAUGAUUAUAAAAAAAAAAAAAAAAAAAAAAAAAAUAACCGCUAUUCUAACAUGUCAAACCCUCGCUGUGAUGUCUACGUUACCAGAGAAAAACAUAACGAAAACAAACGUGCUAAUGCGACCUUCGAUAUGACAGCAAGAUUAGUAGAAUCCCAUGUUCUGAUAAAUUCUGCAUAGCUGAUGGGAAGACCCAGUUAGUCUAUUUAACAGUAUAUGGGCAUCCCAAAAUCCAUUUACAGUUCAUGGGGCAGGUGAAGGAGAGUUCCUCUGUUUCUCUAAAUACGGUGUAUGAACUAGUAGUGCGGCCAGCACAUGGUCCCACCGCCAUCUCACUUCCCGAACCCCGUCAGUUGCUGAUCGAAGCUGGGUGGGGGGACCGGAGAGGUUGUAGGUACUCGAACCUAUGAAGCAACCUUCGUGUUAGUAGUCGUGCGCUCUACCACGCGACCACGCCGUCCCACAAAGAACAUUCCAGUGUUUGAUUUUAAUCUACUUACGCACUACGUUCACGCGGUUUUGAAGGCUUUACUUAUUUUAAUGACUUAUUAUUUCAAGACACCACUUUAACGACGACUGAAUCAAAUAGGCAACUGAAACAUUAACUUAC